UUUAAUCACAUUUUACUUCAUUUUUUUCACAUAUAUAAACCCAAAGAAAGCCGCUCCCUCACUUGGGAAAUUGUAGCCGCAAACAGAUAUGGAUUUCUUCGCCAGUCCACACUCCACCGCCAUUUCUCUCUCCGCCGUUGCCUUAGCCUCCCUCACCUUCCUCUACUUCCUCCUCCGAACAAUCUCGUCGGCCGACAAGUCGAAAAAGAACCAUGUUCAAGCACCACCUCCGGAGGAAGCCCACGGCGCGUGGCCCGUGAUCGGCCACCUCCACCUCCUCGGCGGGCCGCGCCCGCCACACAUAGUAUUGGGCCAGAUGGCCGAAAAGCACGGCCCAAUCUUCACGAUCCGGAUGGGCAUCCACCCGGCCCUGGUCGUCAACAACUGGGAGACCGCCAAGGAGUGUUUGACUACCCACGACCGGGUCUUCGCCGACCGGCCCGCGACCCUGGCCAUGCACAUCCUGGGUUACAACCGGUCCAUGUUCGGGUUCAGCCCGUACGGGCCCUACUGGCGCCAAAUCCGGAAGAUGGCCACGCUGGAGCUUCUCUCCUCGCACCGCCUCGAUUUGCUGAAACGGGCGAGGGAAUCCGAGGUCGAACUCGGGACCAAAGAGCUGUACACUUACUGGGCCAAGCACGCGGCGGAAAACGGCAGCGUUUCGGUGGAGAUGACCAGCUGGUUUGGGGAGAUAACGUUGAACGUUAUCCUGAAGAUGGUCGUGGGGAAAUCCGUCGGGUACUUGACGGGAGGAGAGGACGGCGUCAGGUUGAUGAAGAUACUGAAGGAUUUCUUCGAGCUGUCGGGGAGGUUCGUGGUGGCCGACGGGCUGCCGUUUCUGCGGUGGCUGGACGUCGGAGGGUUCGAGAAGAAGAUGAGGAAGACGGCGGCGGAGAUGGAGGUUGUGGUGGAAGAGUGGCUUAGAGAGCACAAGGCGAAAAGGGAUUCCGGCGGUGGGAAGGCGGCGGAGGAGGAUUUUAUGGAUGUGAUUUUGAACGUGGUUGGUGACGAAGGGGGAAUCGAGGGUCGAAAUUCCGAUACGGUCAAUAAAGCUACUUGCCUGGCGCUCACCUUAGCAGCUUCAGACACAACCACAGUGACAAUGACCUGGCUCAUCGCCUUACUCGUCAACCAUCCCGACGUCUUGAAGAAAGCCCAAACCGAACUAGACAGCCACGUCGGCAAAGAGCGGCGAGUUCAAGAGUCCGAUCUCCCCAACUUGGAUUACCUCAAAGCCAUCGUCAAGGAAACCCUCCGCCUUUACCCCGCCGGACCGCUCUCCGUGCCACACCAGUCAAUGGAAGACUGCUCCGUCGCCGGCCGUUUCGUUCCCAAAGGCACCCGGCUCAUCGUCAACAUAUCGAAGCUCCAGCGCGACCCGAGGGUCUGGUCGGACCCGGACGAGUUUCGACCGGACCGGUUCCUCACGACUCACAAGGACGUCGACCUCAAGGGCCAGGAUUUCGAGCUGAUACCGUUUGGGAGCGGGAGGAGGAUGUGCCCUGGUAUGAACUUUGCCUUGCAGGUUAUGUACUUGACGGUUGCUACGCUUUUGCAUGGGUUUGAUUUCUCGAGGGCUACGACCGAACCGGUUGAUAUGACGGAGAGUAUUGGACUGACCAAUCCUAGAGCUUCUCCUCUUGAUGUCCAGUUAUCUCCUCGGUUGCCUUCUCAUUUGUAUGGGUAGGACUGAAACGCGUCUGAUAUGCUCUUGUCUUAAAUAAACGUGGGCGUAAGGAGAAACUACAUUUAAAGUCAUACGAUGGAGUUGUUCUUCCCUCUUGUUCACUAUCGAUGUGAUGUUAAUUAGUUCCAUGGAAUAACACCGCAAUCCACAAAUAUAUAUCAACCAAUUAAAGUAAAGGAUUUGA